UCUGUGUUAAAAUUAACUGUUUUAUUGCAAUACAUUCAUUGACAUUCGCUCUGUGAUUCAUUAUAAGCAACAUGUGAUGAUUUUUGUGAUAAGUUUUUUAAGAAUGUUAUUGUUUAAGAGUGACUUAUGGUUAUCAGGGUGAUGAUUCUUUUUCAAUAGAUGGGUCAGAACUUUGGAAUCCCUGAAGCUGCUUUCAAUGAUUAGGGUUUUCAAGUUAUUAAAAGGAGCCUCAGGGAACCCACAACUUUGGAAUCCCUAAGGCUGCUUUCAAUGACUCGGAUUCCCAAAUCGAUCAUCUGUUUUGUACACUAACGUUCGAACUAAGUAUAUAGCGAAGAAUCUACAACAGAACAGAGUCACAGAGGGAAUUUUACAAAGAUCACAACCAAAUAUGGAGGCCAAGAUAGUCGCAUGGGGUGUGUUUUUGACAUGCGUAGGGGAAACAGUCGGGCGACCUUGUGCCGCCAAACUUACAGAGUACAGCAUCGAUGUUAAGGGAAGUUCGUGUCAAGGAGGUGACUGCAGGUGCACGUGGGCUAUAAAUGCCUCUGUUAAACCAGUAAAACAUCAUGAAGGUACUGAUUGCUUGAUCAGUAAAAGCCAUAAAGGUUAUCGCAAUUGUGCCGCUAAUCCAAACUUUGGUUGCAUCGGCCAGUGUAUGGAAUGCAACGGCAAAUGUAUGAACUACAGCAGUAUGGUUGAACAGUAUCUGGGCAAAGAUUCUCCUUGCACAGAAGAGAUGGAUCCAAUUGGGUGUUGCACUGUGCUGCAUAUGCGUCAGGAUGAUUACUGUCUCAACGGCGGGAAAUUAUUGUGCGAAGAUGAUAAGAAAGAACCAAUCUGCACGUGUCCGGUGGGAUGGACCGGAUCCCGUUGUGAGAGUCGAAUGAUUGAGAAUGUUACCUGUAAAUGCUUCAAGACCGACAUCACGUGGAACUCUUUCUAUGGGAUAAAUGAUAUGUACAGGUGUACCGACGACGAUAGGCCGGAAAACUGGACGGAGUGCCGACAAAACCGAUGUGUUUGUGAAAAGUCUGACGUACAUCAUUCUAAGAAAUCCUUACCGGAAUGUUCCUUGGAGGAGAUUUCUGUUCUACCACCAGAGGAAUUGUGUGCAAAUGGAGCUGCAUUGGUCUCGAGGAGUACAGCCAUCACAUUCACCUUUCCAUUAACACUAAUAUACAGUAAAAUGUUUUAAGCCAGCCAUUUAAUCUUAAACCGAGGACUGAAACGGUGUUGGGGUAGUAUAAUAUAGCGUGUUUUGACCGAAAAUGCCUUAAAUCAAAAUUUAAUACAUGUAUAAUAAAAGUCGCAAGUGUUUAAACUAAAAAAAUCAUAUUUUCUGACAGCCAUCAAUCAGAGUCCAGUUGUCUGGCAGUAAAAUAAUACAAAUAAACAACUUUGGCAUGUAGACGUAGCGAAAACUUGGCUCUAUCAAUAAUCAAUAAAAACUUUUAGCACAAUGCAUUGAAAAUCCUAAUUUGAAGAACUUAAACACUAAACUUGUCAUUUUUGAUUACUCGGUCGAGAAGUCGCAACACGGCGAACACCAACAUCCACACUAUAUUAUACGGCCCCAACACCAUUCCAGUCCCUUAUGCGUGCGAUUGUAAAAAACACGCUCUACUUGUGAUAUUGCCAAACGAUAUAAGAGACAUUGUGCUGUGCUCGACGUAGUUAUUUAAGUGGCAUUAAAUCACAUUCCAAUUGUGGCCAGCUUGUAUACCGCGCGCAGCAAAUAAGACGGCUAGGUGUUCCAUACUAUAGUGACCGCGUUCUGCAGCUGGAGGAGCCGGUAACAGAGUGCGCAUGUGCGUGGAAUCCACGACAACGCAGCUGGCGCACAUGACAAAUCUUGUUCUGACAUGCCAUUGUUGUUUUAGACGGAUUCAAUAGUGUGUGCAGUGUUCAGUUGCAUGACUACCUCAAAUGGACACUAUUCAAUGUUUUCUCUCAGUGUCUGUGCGUACAUUUAGUAUUCAUGGUCAGUUAUGUUCUGCCGUUGAUGGGGUAAAAUAGUUGAAGUCAACUAACGUAGCCAGUAACAAUGAAUAUAGUGAACAAAUAAUGAAUUCCUAUGACGUAUUGUUCGUGUUCGUGUUCAAACUUGAUUUAUGGCAUUGCACUCAUUAUGGCAUUUAUCGGUUAGCAGUGCGGAAAUAGUGACAAAUAUUCGUUUAAACUUUAUUGAGCCUCGUUAUGGUGAAACUGUGCUAAAUGCAAGUGCCUAAAGUGUUUCCCAGAUUAAGCUCGGUUUGCCAGUACGAAGGCUUAUAUCAUGGAUAUACAUGUAUGCUAAUUUUUUCUACGUUAAUACUUUGUUGUGAUGCGUCUGAUGUGAUUUAUUUUGAAAGAUUGAUUUUGGAAAGAUUGCUUUUUUAUUUUUGUAUCAUAUUUUGCAUACUUUAUAUUAUUAUUAUCAUCAUCGUCAUCAUCAUCAUCGUCGUCGUCGUUGUCGUCCACGUCGUCGGAAUUGAUAAGGAAGUUAUUAUGACAUUUCAUUGUAUAAUUAUUUUUUCCCUUGUAUGUUCGUAUGCAGGUUUCAAAAUAAAUACUUGUGUUAUGUUACUUAAGACUACAUUUUAAAAAAGAAAUUAUUUCUUAAUGUAAAUUCUUCAUGAAAUAAAGGUAUUAUUAUUAUUAUAAUAAAUAUUAUUAUUAUUAUUAUUAUAUGUGCGGAGACUGUUCGAUGCCUCUUCCGGUUUUCGAGAGACGAAAUACAGGGUUUUCCACUCGAACCCUUCAUUGUUUUUAGAUUCAUAUUAAAGCUAUAAAUUUUAUGCUAACCACCACUAAGCCUUGUGAAAGCCGUUGAUGGGGUAAAAUAGUUGUAGUCAACUAACGUAGCCAGUAACAAUGAAUAUAGUAAACAAAUAAUGAAUUACUAUGACGUAUUGUUUGUGUUCGUGUUCAAACUUGAUUUAUGGCAUUAAACGCAUUAUGGCAUUUAUCGGUUAGCAUUGCGGAAAUAGUGGCAAAUAUUCGUUUAAACUUUUUUGAGCCUCGUUAUGGUGAAACUGUGCUAAAUGCAAAUGCCUAAAGUGUUUCCAAGAUUAAGCUCGGUUUGCCUGUACGAAGGCUUUUAUCAUGGAUAUACAUGUAUGCUAAUUUUUUCUACGUUAAUAUUUUGUUGUGAUGCGUCUGAUGUGAUUUAUUUUGAAAGAUUGAUUUUGGAAAGAUUGCUUUUUUAUUUUUGUAUCAUAUUUUGCAUACUUUGUAUUAUUAUAAUCAUCAUCAUCACCGUCAUCAUCAUCGUCGUCGUUGUCGUGCACGUCGUCGGAAUUGAUAAGGAAGUUAUUAUGACAUUUAAUUGUAUAAUUAUUUUUUCCCUUGUAUGUUCGUAUGCAUGUUUGAAAAUAAAUACUUGUGUUAUGUUACUUAAGACCACAUUGUAAAAAAAGAAAUUAUGUCUUAAUG